AUGGUAUUUCUGUUUGAAUCAUUCCCAAAUGAAAUUUUUAUUCACGGAAUAUUUUCAUAUUUAUCUCUGAUCGAUUUAAACUAUGAAUUUCUAUUAUUGAAUCAACGUUUUAAAUGGCUUGUCGAUCGCUUUUUAGCAAGAAAACAACAUUGUAUACAUAUAACAUGUGACACAACCUGCCACAAAGGUGCAUUUAUUCUAGAUUACAUUUUACCAUUUCAUUCUGAUAAUCAACAUUUAAAAAGUUUCGAGAUAAGUCAUGCUGAGAUUUUUAUUAAAUUUAUUGACAAUAUCAAUCGAAUUGAUACAAAUCAUCUUAAUAAAAUCGUGGUAACACCAUAUAUUGAUAUCUAUUUUGACUCAGUGAUAAAUAUCGUGUAUAAAAGUCCUCAAUUACAUGAAAUAAAAUUAAAUGUUUUGACAAACAUCGAUUCAAGUUGGGGAGAUGGUCGAAAAUGGACUCGAUGGUUUGAAAUAUUGAUGAAACAAAACCGACAAAACAUUCUGAGAAUUCUUGAUAUUUGUAUUUGGUGUAUAAAUAAUAAUGAUGCUAAUAAUUUCGACUUACGAUUAUGGAGCAGGGAAGGUGUCUAUCAACUUAAUACAAAUUGGAAAGUACAACUGAAAUCAGAUCAAUAUUUGAAUUGGACUCAAAGAAGACGAGCUAUUGAAUGUAGUCCAAGUGAUCAAGAUUACUCAGUCAUUUUUCAUGACAAACAAAAUCCAACGUGUUCAAUUAACUAA